AUGGCUUCGACUGAGGAACCCGUCCCUCCCGUUACCCCGGCCGAAGGGGUGGUGGAUCCAGAUGUCCUCCCGGCCACGCCCGUCGAUUCAACCGUGCUCUCCGGUAGUGAGGAGCCCGUCGCUAGUCCCGAGACUUCCAAGGACAAGGAGAACGUUAAGGCGUCUCCCACCAAGAAGAGCCCUACCUCCAGCACCACGACUACGGCUAAACGCCCCGUGUCGGGAACUCCAGUCACAAAACGGCCCAGUUCCAUCUCCGGUGCCCCCAAGCCAACGACAUCGACUUCUCGCCCCUCGACCACCAAUGGCGGCACGUUGAACAGGCCUCCUACGCGUCCACCCACGACAACUACCACCCGAAAGCCUCUGAGCACAUCGACUACUGCUUCUCAUCGAUCUCGCGCAUCAGUUAGCAGCUCUGCCGAUGAAAAGUCGCGAUCCGUGGCAAGCUCCGGAGAUGAAAAACGAGGCAUGUCUAGCACCGCAAAGCGGAUGUCUCUGGUUGGUACCCCGGCUACCCGUGCUCCCACCAAGACUACCAGCACGCUGGAUAGACGCUCAAGCAUCGCUGGUUCAACUACGGCCGAGAAGAGAACCUCAGUGUCGCGUCCCAGCACCGUUGCGGCACGCCCGACAACCCGACCGGCCACGUUGACCACUACUACUCGUCCGACGUCCUCAACCACUAGUGCGACCCGGACGACUACUCGUCCCACCUCGACGGUCACUCGCCCAGCGACUGGAACAACAGCCAAGAGACUGAGUACCGUCACAAAGACCUCGGAGGAAGAUGCGGAGAAACUGCAUGCGCUGGAAAGCAAGCUGUCUGAAAGCGAGGCUACUGUGGCAAGCCUGAAAGCCGAGCUGGAGACGGUGAACGAGAAAAUGGCUCAGCUGUCUGUCUCUCCACCGGAAGAUGUUUCGAAAGACAGCGACGCUGCCACCAAGGAACUCCAGGAACAGCACGCCGCAGAACUCGAGCGCCUGACUGCCGAGCAUGCGGAACAGCUGCAGGCUCUGCGUACCAAGCUGGACGAGGCCGAAGCUCAGCGCAAAGAACUGGUAGAAAAAUCCAUUAAGGAUCUGAACGAAGCCGCGAAGUCCGCCGCCGCUCAAGGCGAUGAUCAGACCGUGACCGCCCUGGAAGAACUGAAGCAAUCCCAUCAGGCUCAGCUGGAAGCGCUGGAGAAAGAACUGGCCGACCAGAAGGCCUCGGCCGCUGGUCAUGCUGAGGAGCUCGAUGCUCUUAAGUCCGAAGUCGAGGCGCAGAGGAGCAGUGUCGCCGAAACCACCAAGAUCCUGGAAGAGAAGACCGCGGCUCUGGAAAGCUUCCAGCGUGAGCUCAAUGGACGCGAUCAGGUGAUUGAAAAUCUGAACCACGAGAUGGAGAAGCUCAACCAAGCCAAGGAAGACCAGGCUCGCGCUGCUGAAGAAUCUGCUCGGCAGUCUGUCUCAGCCCUUGAGGAGAAGGUUGCGUCGCUCGAAACUCAGCUUGCGGAGACCGAAUCUACUUCUAAAACCAGCGAGGAGACGGACACCGUGCUUGCAGCCAAGGACAAGGAAGUUGCCGAACUGAAGCAGACGGUGGAAAUGCUCCAUUCAGAGCUCCAGGAAGCCCGCGACGCCGCCGAAAACACGCUGAAGGAGAAGAUUCAGGAACUCGAGGCGGCCCACGAAGUGGCCGUUGCCAAACUAAAAGCGGAGCAUGACGAGGCCCUCACCUCUGCGGCUAACACUCAUGCCCAGGAAUUGGCCGUAGCUAGAGAGGCGGCCGAGUCGGCUGGUAACAGCACCUCGGAAGAACUCCAGGAACUUCGCGCGGCCCUCGCUUCUGCGGCUAACACUCAUGCCCAGGAAUUGGCCGUUGCUAGAGAGGCGGCCGAGUCGGCUGGUAACAGCACCUCGGAAGAACUUCAGGAACUUCGCGCGGCUCUGGAUGCCGCCGAAGCUGCCGCACAGAAGGGACGUGAGGACGCUAUUGGCGAGCUAAAGACUGCUCACCAGGCUGAGUUGCAAGCCCUUGAGCAGAAAUUAAGUGCUUCGGAGCAGGCUCUCGGCGAAGCUAAGCAAUCCCUGGAGGAGGGCGCCAGCUCCGCGCAAGAAGUGGCCAUUCAGGAGAUUGAAUCGCUCAAAGAAAAGGUCGGCGCCUUGGAGUCCCAGCUGUCCACAGGCCAAGUUGAGAUUAGAUCUCUCCAAGAUGCCAUCUCCAGUAAACAGCAGGAAGUCGAGGCACUGCAACACAGUCUCGUUACAUUUGAGGACAAGACUAAGUCAAAGGACGUGGAACAGCAAGGCCAGCUGAAGGCGUUGGAAGAGAAAGCGCAGACCGCGGAAAAUUCUCUGCAGGCACAUCUCCAGGAAGCCGCCGCGGCCGCCGAGAAGCACGCACAGGCAAUAGAAUCUCUGAAGGCCGCGCAUGCCACAGAAUUGGAGACCGCCCAGACGAACAUCUCUGGAUCCCACGAGCAGGCGCUCCAAGAUGUGCAAGCCAAGCAUGACGCCCUGUUGGCGACCAACCGCGAAAUUGAAUUGAAGCACGGGGAGAAGGUGGAAUCUCUCGAAGCGGAACUCAGGUCGGCCUUGGAGCGUCAUGCACAGGAAAUUGCGUCGCACACCGAGCUUCGUGGUCAGGAGAUCGCAGAGCUGCAGAAGCAGUACGAUGAAACCAGGUCGGCACUGCAAGCCGAGGUGGCCGCUUCGCAGGCUUCCAAGGCUGCGGAAAAUGACGCUGAGCAUAGCAAGGCGAUCGAAGAACUUCUGACCGCGCACGAGGAGAAGACAAACAGCCUCCGCUCUCAGCUGGAGUCGUCCAACCAAGCUCAGCUGGACGAGCUGCAGAAGUCUCACGACGCGGCUCUCCGUGAGGUGCAUGCUCAGUUGGCCCAGGUCCAGGCCGCCGCUCAGGACAGCUCGGUCCUUGACAGGUUGAAGGCCACCAUUGCCGAACUCGAGAACAAGCUUGCCGAAGCGGAACGUUCCGCCACGGAGGCCAAGGAGCUCGCGGGCCAGCACGGUGUGGACGUCUCCAAGGCCCAGGCAGAGACCAGUGAAUGGCAGCAGAAGUACGAGGAGUUGGCGGCCCGGGCAGCCGAGCUGGAAAAGUUGCUAUCGGCCUCCGGAAGUUCGCAAUCGGAGCUCGAAUCGGUCCUGAAGCAGCUCUCGGCCUCCCAGGAGGAGUUGACCGAGAUUAAGAGCAAGCACGAGAUGAUCAGCCGCCAGCUGGAUGAGACAACGACGCAGAACCGGGUGAUGAACGACAAACUGGAGCAGGGUGAGAAGGACUUUAGCGACCAGAUUGAUAAGAACAUGUCGCUGUUGAACCAGCUGGGCGAGGUGGACUCGGCCAUUUCGGCUAGCCGUAAGCGCACGCGCGAGUUGGAAGCGGAGGUGGCCGCGCUGAAGGCUGAAGGGGGCCGGGGCAAUUCGGUGGGCCUGGAGGGUAGUCAAUGGGCAGAGAAGGGACCCGUGGAAGGUGAGGAGCAGCUUGGUUCAUCUAUCGAGGGAACGGUGGGAGCUCCCCGUCUAGCGUCCGCGUCUUCAGGACUGCCCGGUUUUCAUCCUUUUACCUGA